CAACCAUGGCUCAAAACCCAAUAGAGAACUUCAGGUUCUGAUUGUGAGAGGGCAUUGAGGAUUGAAACAGCCGUGAUAUAUUCUAUAGAGACUUAUAGCCCUUAGGUCUUUCUAUUGAUCAGACAACUGGUUCAGAAGGCUCUGCUAGGCUGACUAUGAUACAAAUUCCACAUAGUGCUUUCCCCAGAUAUAUCGAUAUGCCAAAACGACGAUGUAUUUUGACAUGGCUCUCGAGGAUAGGCGAAGACAAAAGUACCCUUCCCAACACUGGUCGAGGUGCCAGUACAGUGCAAGAUAUUACCCUCACACGAAUUGCGUGUACACGUCCCAAGACGACUCCGUCCGGUAAACCUAUCAACAAUGCCAACAUUCCUUUUCGAUUUCCUGCCUGUGUUAGGCUGAGGCAAUUGGGUGCAUUAUCCGAUGCACUUAUUGGACUUCGUUAAUGGCGUGCACCUGAAGUCAUAUAUGAACAGGAGCUUUUGUUCAAUAUAUACUGAUAAAUCUGUGGCUUUGAAAUAUAUUAAAAAUUGGCGUAUGCGGGCGUAUUCAUAUGUCCUCCAGGCUUUCAAGAUCGUCAAGUUAAAUGAACAAGAAAUUUUCAAAUCAGUUUCAUUUUGGAUAAUAAAGAUUUGGGGGAAACAUUG